GCCAACGAUAGAGGCCAACUGGUCGGACAGCUUGUUCGUUUACUGAAAACCCUCUGGCCAUGGGUGAUAUCACUGAAGAAACUCUGCCUAGUGCCGCCGUGUGUGAGGCCAAAAUUCAGUUCCGUCUACUUAAAGCAUUUCCGGUGAUUGACGAGAAUAAUAAUUUUAAAAUUGACACGGCGCACUUUCUACAAUCGUCGCACCAGAUAGUGGACGCAAUCGGUUGCUUCGGUAAGCUGUUUUCUCCUAUCGUGAAGGAUAUGCGACAAAAUGUUAUGAAACUAGAGGAAAAGUAUAAACGGAACGAGACGCUAUUUGCCUAUUUGGAGGAUUUAAUUUUAAAAGACGACGAAGGCAACGACAACCCAUACGAUACGGUCACCGAUGGGUUGCUGUGGUUGAAACGGGCACUGGAAAUGAUCGAGCUGUUUUUCCGCAAAGUGCUGGAAGACGAGACGUGCAGCGAGCAGCUGAAACCACACCUCAGAAAGGCGUACGACGAGUGCUUGCUACCGUAUCAUGGCUUUCUGGCCCAGAAAGGAUUCCAGAUCCUGCACUUUUACGUUCCCAGCAGAACGAGUCUCCUGGGGGCAUCGGGUGCCAAUGGCGACAACAUGAAAGCGCUUGAGGAGUUUCUCGUCCACUUCCGAGCGAACCUUAGUCAUUUGAACGAGUUUUUCACAAAAUAUGACCUGCAUCGGACUUAUAAAGCAUAGGACAUUGGAGCACAAUCCCAACACACGCUGUAUAAUCAAAUCGUCAUUCACUCACGACAGUUUGGGCUGGCUGCUGCGAGUCAGAUCGUUUCGAGUGCUUGCCCGCGUACUGCCAACGCUGCAGUUGGAACUGUUUUCGGCGGAAGUCGGACAGCUUUCGCAUAGCCGGAACACCGACCACAAUCUGAAGCACCAGCGUGCCGGUCGUAACGGAUUGCACCACAAUCGCUAGCGUGUGCUUUGUCGUAUGUGUCGCUAGCAGAAGAUAUGUUUGCAACGGCAGCUGGAUAAGAAACGAAAGGAUGAGAAAUCCGGCAAAGCUGGGUAUCUGAAAUGAUCAUUGUUCAAGUGUUGAGGACAGACUACAUUCGUUGUACACUGCCAAAUCUAAGUAGCCCUACCGUGCUCAUCAAAUUUCCCGUAUAGCCAAGAUAAAGCCGCACAACUUCCAGCGGAAUCGACACGAUCAGCGUCAUGAUGGAGAGGGCUUUUUCGAUACCAUUUAUGUUGGCAAACUGUACGAAAACUUUGAUUUAAUUUGCAAAACGAACAGCCAACGGUCGGCAUUUAACUUACUUCAUGGUUAAAGAACACUAUGGUAGCCACUAGCCAAAUGGCAGAAAAGUAGACAUUGAAAUGGAUCAACAGUUGCACCCACAGGUUAGCGAUUACUUCUUCCUCUACGAGAGAAAAACGAAUGGGCGUAGGAAGUGAUUGGUUUUUUCGGGAAUAUCGACAAUUACCUUCAUAAUCGGACCGCUUUUUACGCUCAACUCCAUUUCCUUCCAUACUUCGGCCAAAACAGUUAACAUAUGGUAUAGUUUGGCACGUUUGUUUUAUGUUACCCGUAUCCAUAGUGAUCUAUGUUACGUUGGUAACGUUGUUUGGAGUCUGUUCCUUUCAGUAAGUGUAUUGUUCUACGAAUAAGGAUUAGCCGAAAAGGCCGAA